AUGCCUGAAUGGGACGAUCCUGAAGAAGAAGCUCCAGCUGUAAUAAUAGAAGAGCCAAAGCCUGGCGUAAAACCUUUUCUUAUAUGUGACUCUGCUACGCUAAAUUACCACUUAACAGCUGGAAAUCCUUUUGCAAAAAUCGUAGAAGAGUUUGCGAAAAUUGGAGAAGACAAAAAUGUUUAUUGUGUGCCUAUGUCGAAGCCCUUUGAAAAAAUUUGGUAUUAUAAAGAUCUAGAAAACAGGACGCAAGGCCCAUUUAGCUCUGUUGAGAUGUUUAAUUGGGCAGCUCGUGGCUGUUUUCCUCAAGAUUUAAAAAUAUACUGAUUUGGAUGUAUUUUUAUAAAAUUAUUUAUAAAGAACAUCAUUUUGCUAGUAAAAAUUGGGACUAAUAUAAAUUGUAUAGCGUAUCACAAGGUGAUAAUAAUCCUUUUAUGCCAAUGAAUAGAUACAGUUCUAAAGUCCCUCCUAAAUCACCAAUAAAAGUUCCAGCCACAGCAAAAACAAUCGAUGAAAUUGAAAAGCUGCAAACUCCUAUCUGGGGAAGAAAUGUCCAAGAAGCACCUGCAGUUAAAAAAGUUACAGAUAUCUCUGCUACGAAUGACUUAAAAAGCAUUCUUGGGUUGCAAUGCAACAACUUGGCAAAAGACUCAAAGCAGGAGCAGAGAUAUAAUAGAGGCCAAGCUAAGCCAUGAUAA